UUGGCUCAUACAGUGGCGGGGUUGCCAUGUGGCCCCUUGAAGCUCGUGUGCCUUACGACCGGUGCCAUUUGGCAUCCUUGCUUCUGGCGGCAAGACUCUCUUUGAAAAGCGUCGAGGCAGACUAUCUAGUGGACCGGGCGGUGCUACGAUACCUCGAGAGGCUAGAGGAGUGGCUGGAAGAGUAGAGCUCCCAGCAGCCUGGCGCCCGCCAUCAACGUGUGCGGGGACUGCAUCUCAUCAGUGGGCGAGCAGUGGGCAAGCAGCCGUAUACGCGGGUGUGAUGGAGUGAAGGGCCGGCCAGCAGGUCAUCUCACACAUCGACGCACCAAGGGCGACAGCCAGUCCAGUCCUCGACGCCUUGCCUUAUGCUGCGCGCCGACGGGGACCUUCUGUGUUACAGGCGUCGGUCGACCGGGCGUUCCGGCGAGGUGCUGGGGACGGAAGUUCUUUCGGUGCCUGGCGUCCCUUCCAGUGCGGCUCGUGUGGAAAUCUGUGCCGUGCCGCUGCCGCUCAUUCGUGUGGCUGGCUGACCGUUUCGUGAGCCCUGCAGGGGUGCCAGAUUGGCACCGCGCAUGGUUCAUCAAGGCGUGGCGGCUAGGCGCUAUGUGACGCAAAGCCUUACGUCACUUUAGGGUGCCAACCCUCCGCUCGGCCAGGUCGCUGGCUCGAUCCGCUUCGUUUCCCCGUUCCUUUUUUUGAAAGGAUGCUUGGUGAGAGGAUGCUUUUGAAAGGAUCUAUGUAACAUGAUGUAACUCCCCAUAGCUUUGAAUCCUCCACGGUGAAUAGCUUUUGAAUCGUCCUCUUCGAACAUAAGCUCUUGGAAUCCAGGUCCCGCCUUUGGGGCCCCUUGCUUUCGUCACAUCAGCAGAUCCCAGCCAUGAAGCGCCGAAGCCUUCGCACCAGCCUGGGCAGUGGCGUUCUGGCUCCCUUCCCGUUGGCCAGGUGUUUGGAGUGGUGGGGCCGACAUCCUGGGCGAGGAAGAGGCCUUCAAACAUCAAAAUCUUUCUCCUCGGUUUGGUUUCCGUGACCGCCCCUGCUGAUUGGUAGGGAAUCGGGAAGUGAACCCAGAUUGGCUGAAAUCUACUUCGAUGAUUUUGAGCGUUUGCAAUGUCCUUCUGUUUCUGCUACCGCGCCUCAGCACCUCGUCGAAACAAGCCCAACUUUGGUCACCCAGGGUUUUGUAGCUGCGUGCAGGGAACAAAGGAGGCUGCUCCGGUGGGAGCCUGUGCUGAUGGCACAUGGAAUCCAUGGAUGGCCCAUAGAUUUACAUGACUUAUUUGUCUCCCUUUGGCCUUGGGGCCAGAAGAUGCUUUUUCAGGCCAGCUGAAACGCAGAAAGCACACGUCCUCACUUUCUCUUGUGAAUUGCUCCUCCUUUGCUCUGAGAGGCUUGGGCGGAGGCGUGCCUAUCCGCCCAUUUGCCCAUCUGCCCCUCCAAAAUGCAGCAGGUUUGCAUCAUGGGCGUGCUGCCCCAAGUUCGCGCCUUCCACAAGAACUGAGGGUUUCUUAGUGGCAUGCAAUCAGCUGUGACAUCUUGAACGAUGCAGCUGAGCCUGAUCGGCCCUGGGCAUGGGGAGUGUGAGGGCACGGGCCGACAAAAACAGUCCAACCGUCCGAGUGACGGCAGUGAUUGCACUGAGCCCCAAGCGCGUGCCUCAGUUGAACCAUGGGUUGAGCCUAGGGAGGCCCACCGGCUGAUGUCAAACGCCCUCUUUUGGAGCGCUGAAAUGUUUCAUUGAUGUUUUCGCCCUCCACAGCAUGGUUCGAUGGGCUUGGAGCACUCACUGAAUUGGCCUUCCUGAGAUGGCAUGAGCCUGGUCGCUAGGCUGACACGGAAAGACGCACCUUCGAGUGAUUUGGUGCCGUGCGAUGGCAGCUAAAUGCUGAAGAUGGGGGAGGAUGCUUCCUCCAGGAACUCCAUUUUCACUUUUCUGCACAGACCACGGAUAAAGCAUUUUCAACCAGUGCCCGACCAACGUUGACCAACUGACGUAUGUGCGGUGAAUGUCGUGCAGACGGGGUGCAUUUCACCAGCUAACUAACCACUGGAUGUUGUCACCUGGCGAUGAGGCACCCGUCUCCCGUGCGCACAUUGCGUACGUUGCGUGGCAGGAGGGGUGCAGCACACAUGGACUUUCUGUGAGCCUUAUUGAAGUGAGACACCUCGAAGUUCAAGAGCAUUUAGCAAAGAGCUUUCGCCGAAAUUUCUUUUGGAAAGUGUUUCUUCUAGUUCUUACGCUGAUGGCAGGCUUCAACCGAUGGCCGGCUGUGAUGCGAGUAGCUUCAUCCCACUCAUAACUCAUAACUAAUAACAUCCCCUUCAACUGCAUUUGGACCCCUCAUUCGUGAACGCUGGAUCUUGAGUUGGGUCCGGGCAGCCCUUAAUGCCGCCUGAAAGGCAGUGCCUUUAGUGCCUGCAGGAGUGUUGGUCCAAGCGGAUCAUCUCCGAGAUGCACGGUCCAACUUUGAAGCUCAACGAGGAAGUUGGUGAUUGGCCCAUGUGAGCCUCAGCCUAGCCUCACUUGCUCUGUAACAUCGUCUGUGCCACGUGGUGAGCCUGGUGAGCUCCACGACCUCGUGGGCCUCAUGGCUUGCCCUGGUCCGACCCUUGCCCCUACUUGGCCGAAGCAAAAUGACCCACGUCGCGGUAUUCGAAGCACCUGGGUGUUUGUUAGCAGAUGCUCAGGCGGUUCAAGUGGAGCCUUUCAAGCCUCGGUUGUGUGAAGAAGCGCGAGUGCCUCGCACUUUUCAUUGCACGGAGGGAGGCUCUCCUACCUACCGAGGAGCUUCGAUGAUUUUGAGUCUUUAAGGCUCCGAACCAGGUUGACAAGCAUAUCAUCCCUUUCAGCGAGACAGCAUGAGCUUCACUCUGUGUCCUUGUUUGCAGUCAAAAAGCUAUAGUCUUAGAAACUACCUAGAGGAUAGUGUCUAAUGCAUAAUCAAUCCUUCAUUGCAGCCUUUGGCCAAAUAAGCUUUGUAAAACACCUCCCCAGUGGUUGGACAUUCCCCUAGACGGUCCGAGGGCAAGGAACUCGCCUGGGAAGUGCCCCUUACCAGCGGAUCAGCCCCUCUGAAAGCUGUCUGCAGGCUGACGAGCCCUGGUUCUGUCCUUGUUCGAAGCUACGCAACACAUGGAUUAAAAGUCUAGAACUGGAAGGAAAGCGCUUCAAUCAAGGGUCUUCUUGCUUUGACCGAGUGCUUUUAUUGCUUAGAUCUUGGCAGUGCUUCUGCCCAGUCAUUUCUGUUGACGCCCUUUCAUGAACAUAACGCAACGCGAGGGUACUUUAUUGAUAAGGUCUUCAGAAUCCAUUUUGAGGAGAGUGGCCAAGAAGAAGCCAACGUGCCACUCCCCACAAUAAAGUCUUUGUUAGCACCUCUCCGUAACACAAAUCUCAGAUUUGCCAAAGAGUGCGUAAGUUUUUGAAUCUUAGAUCAGCACAGUGCCUGAUCACUUCAAUGUGAACAGGCCCCGGUAGGGAAGUAAGGCCCAGUAAAGCAACUUUUUCAAUUCCAAAAACCGUUCACAAAGGCUCUAGAACAUCCAGGUUUGCCUCCAGCUCAGUUCAAACACCGUAGCAGUGUCUAGACUACCUCACUUCCGAAAUCCUGAUCGGCCGGUGGUUCGGGGGCGUUCAGGUCUGUUUUGCCCAAAAGGGCCUGCUGUGGUCGAUGUGUUUGUCCCUGACUUCCCCAAGAAGCCCAUUGAAUAAGGAUAGCAAGUUUUUGAGAGAGGAGAGCAGCUGAUUGUACAACAAUACUUUGUCAUGUUGGAGUGCAGGGGGCGGGGGAGAUGAAAUCAUCUCAUUCGGCAUUGCCCAAAGCUUGAACUUCGCAACUCCGCAGUGUGCCAGCUGGAGCUUGGCCAGCACCCUGCCUGCGAGCACUUGGUUUGGAGUCGUUCCAAGGAAGACCUGCUAAAGGCUUAAAGUCCUAGAGUCUGCUCUGGAUGAUGCGACGUGCAUUUGUCCAGAGUGUCCAAUGAAGCUCUUCUAAGGAGGCAACUCGACGACAAAGUCUCGUCCCAUGAUCUAGUCACUCUAGUCUGUGUGUUGCUAAGAUCCUAGAUGCUGGUACAACAUAAUCUACUACACGAUUCCUGUUGACAUUUUUUCAUGAACAAUGCCCGGGGACGAUUGAGGUGUUGAAAGUCUUUAAUUUCCCCAAAGGAGCAAUAAGGCACAUCACUCCACCUUCAGGCUGUUUUGUCAAUGGCUUCCCUCCCAGCCCCAAGACUCUGCGAUAGACCCGGGCUCAGCGGGCUGUGUUCGACCACUUCUUGCCCAGAGCCUGGUGAGGACAGUGAGGUGGUGUGGACUUCGGUGACAUGAGCAGGCGCGGGCCUCGCGGAGAGCGCGCUCGGCUUCGAAGUGCACGCGUCCGGGCGAGUGGUGCACGGCGCAAUCAGCGCUGGCGAGGCGCUGAAUGGAUGUGUUCGGUGUGCCAGCGCGGGGUGUGGUCCGGCCAAAUGGAGGGGGGGGCCUGCUGAGAUUUGAGCCCAUUGGAAUUCCAGCAUCCGAUUAUAGAAUUCAGCAGAGGAAUCCACAGCUGAAGAUCUUGGACGCUGCAGAGGAUUGGCCCAUCCUCUGGCAUUCGCUGGAGUGGUCCAACAGCAAAGUCUCCACCUGGAGCAGUUGGUGGGACUUGAUUUUGUCAGAUGCUAGCAAUGGGUCAGCACAAUUGAAUGAAAAGACGCAUGAACGCCAUGAGCGCUGUCCCCAUGUCUGUGGGUGUCCUUGGUUCUGUUCAUGGACCACCACGUCCGAUGUACGCGACACGGGAAACGUUGGAGUUUGGUCCGUCACCAGUUCCUUCCGGUUCUGUGACCGGGGCAAAGGCCAGCUUGUGGAGAGUGAGUCUCUUGCCUCUUGUGAAGUCUUGUCGGCAGGGUCGGUUCAUAGUGCACCUCUUGCAGUCAACGAGCCCCGACAUUGGAAAGCUGCUACUUCAAAUCGUGCAGUUUUACUAGAACAUGUAUUUGCACAAAGUCUCCUUCCACCAUCUUACACCCAUGCCCAUGCCCUUAGUUUCCCGUAGCUGCGUUCUUUCACCAGCCAAAGGGUGAAUCAAACGGGCGCAGGUUUUGGUCUUUGCACCACGAAGGCUUUCCGUCACCCACCCACUUAGAUUGCAAACCGACGACCUACCGUCCGAAAGCCAAUGCAGCCCAAGGAAGACGCCCAGAGAAAUCCUUCUUCCUCGCCCCAUCGCGGGUCUGGUCGCCACAUGGAAGGAUUGCUGAGCAGUAGCUGCAGUAGAUUCCCUCGCACCGAAUGUGAAGGCUGAGCGUGGAUGUGGUUAGACUCGGUUAGACACUGUGCAUCCCUGGUCCACCCAGAAAGCGCUGAACAGAAGGUGCGGGCAGGUGACUCCAAGUUUCAAACUUCGCAUGUUCUGAAGAUCAGUCUCCAAGUUGAGCUUGACCAGCUGUAGGUGAACAGCCUCAAAAGGAUUUGUAGAAACAUGUAGAAACACUUUGACUUCUUGAUGUGCCCUUCCAGCGGCACAACGAAGCCAGAUCCCGUUCCCUUCGUUUCCGGACCUGUUGGGAGCAACGGAAGCCCGGACCUGGGCGGGAUGUUUUCCUGAUGAAAGAGAAGGCUUCUGAAAGGAACGAGCUCGAACUCACAUCCCUUCUAUCUAUCUUCUUGUUGCUCUCCUUUUGUUCCGGGUCAUUCAUCCUCCACCCCUGCAACCCUCGCAGAUUUCUCACGCGGACCUGCGAACAGCUGGCCAUCCACCGCGUCGCGUCGCCGCCUUGGCACCGCGCACCAGGCCGCCGACGGGGAGCGUCCUGACGGCUCCGCGGGCCGACGGAGGACGGACGAGCGAGGACGAGCGAGCGAGGGUGAGGGCGGAGGAUCAGCCCUGCUGCCGCGUUGAAAUGCGCAUGAUGGUGAACGGAUCGAAGACAUUUUCAAACGGUUUUCCGUCCUUGUUGAUCACUCAUGCAGACGCAGAGGGUGGCUGGUCCCGAUGGUUCUCCCUUGGAGUCUUCCGUGGCUUCGGGAUGCAUUGCAACUAGCAGCUCUGUGGAGUGGCGGGAUCUCUUACCACGUCCCAACUGAGAGGACGUGAGGAGGGAGAAGUCCAUGCGCAGCCAUCGCGCGUCCUCCCAAAAAUGCGCCUCAAGCCUUGUGACUUUGCAGAGGUGAGCGCCAAGAAAUGGUAGGAUUUGCUGAGUGUGCAGCCCACGGGUUGCCCGUGCUGUCCUAUGUUACAUGUCAGGAGUUGUCCCCACUCCAAGGCCUUUUAGCUGGGGCUAGGGUAAACUUCACGAGGUUGAAACGUUUAAGAAUAAUAUGACUUGUAUGCCCCUGAACUUUGAGCCCCCCAGGUAGUACGCAUGGGUUGUGCCUGCCUUGUGUUACUUGAUUCCCGCGAUGACCCACUGCCUCGUCGAUCACUCUUGAGCAUCAAUUGUGAUGAGGAUUUGUGAAACGCUGAUCUAAGCACAUCCCCCUCGCGUUGCAUCGCCGAAAAGAAGGUCAGUGUACUCACACAGUCUUCCCUUCAUUCCGCACGGCUCUUUUGGAAUCCUGAAGCCACCUCCUCCCCAAAAGUGUUUAAAGCAUCACCGUUCCGAAGGAGUUUGCUUCCAAAAAGCAUCUGGCCCACCUCCGACCUUCCCCCCCGAAAAAAAAAAUAGAGAUCGUCUUUGCCGGCGUGCUGCCCUGGAGUAGCUGCCAUAAUGGGAUAGCGGUUCAGCACGCGCGGCGUCGGCGUGCUGCCGUGGAUGCUUCGAGCGCUGCGUCGACCUGGGUCGACUGGGAGGUGGUGAGAAGCGACGACGCGGGUCGCUGGAGGCAGCUGGACUUCCUCUCCAGUUGGUGCAAGGACAUGGUUGAAGCAACAGAAGGAGGUUCUCCCUGAUCAGCCUGAUGACUGCAAGUCUGCCCCAAAUUAGCAGAACAUUGCGUCUUCAGAGAGUGGAGCAAGACAUGAAGCGAUAGAAGGAAUAGAAGGCUUGCGCUCCAUUUCUUGCAGCCAAAUGGGCCUCCAGAAUUCCAGCUUGCUCCUGCAAAUAGCACUGCCCUCCGAAACGUUUCGGCCGCGAAAACCGCACCAACUCGGCUGGUUUUGAGCUUGAUCGAGCAACGCAUUCGAUCUGUAGGAUCCUCGCUGAAGAGAGGGGGCUGAGGAG